AUGACUCUUCUCCCAUUCAAGAAGCUCCGCAACCUUCAUGUCCAAUUGAGUGAUCUCCUCGAAGAGCCUGGGAUCCUUGAUAGCCUGAUUCUUCCCGAUGGACAAGGCUGCGUUCACAGACGUGGGAAAAUCACGUCUCUCGAAAGAUUCGUCUGCGAUUUCUACGGCUCAAAAAAUACCGCCAGUAUCCUGAACUUUCUGCAGGCAAAUGACCAACUAUCUACUCUGGCUAUCCCCUUCGAGGUUCCGUCUGAUUUACUCAAUGAUGGCGUCUUGCCUCUUUUAUCACAGUCUUUCGGCAACUUGACCUCCCUGAGCCUCACGUGGACCGGGACAAGCAUUGACGAAACUGCUCUUGAACAUAUCAGUACGCUGAAAGGGUUGACCCAGAUUCAUUUGAGUGCUGGGCACCAGUUUGGCCCAAGGCACGACUGGUUUGUUGACCAUGAUACUAUACGGAAAGCAUUUGCCAAUCUACCUGAACUGAAGAAAUUCGCUCUGUCCCGAGAUACUUAUGACAAUAGACUCCCGGACAGUAGUGAAGACUCAUCAAGGAAUCAUUACUAUUCUGCUAGAGAAAGUUUCGAAACAAUGACUGCCAGGGUUGAGGAGUUGGAUCUGCACGGAACUACACAAGAUCCCUGA